CCAGGCCUGCGUGCUCAGCGAUGGCAUCUGCUUGGUGGCCCUGCCUCAUCUUGGCCCUGCUCUCUGGCUUGGCGGCCUCUGGCUUCCCAAGGAGCCCCUCCCGGCCACUGGGGAAACGGAGCCUCCCGGAAGGGGUCGUCAACGGCAUCGAGGUCUACAGCACCAAGAUCAGCUGCAAGGUCACCUCCCGCUUUGCUCACAAUGUUGUCACCAUGAGGGCUGUCAACCGUGCAGACACCGCCAAGGAGGUGUCCUUUGAUGUGGAGCUGCCCAAGACGGCCUUCAUCACCAACUUCACCUUGACCAUCGACGGUGUUACCUACCCUGGGAAUGUCAAGGAGAAGGAAGUCGCCAAGAAGCAGUAUGAAAAGGCUGUGUCCCAGGGCAAGACAGCCGGCUUGGUCAAGGCCUCGGGGAGGAAGCUGGAGAAAUUCACAGUCUCAGUCAAUGUGGCAGCGGGCAGCAAAGUCACGUUUGAGCUAACCUACGAGGAGCUGCUGAAAAGGCACAAAGGCAAAUACGAGAUGUACCUUAAGGUCCAGCCCAAGCAACUGGUCAAGCACUUUGAGAUCGAGGCAGACAUCUUCGAGCCCCAGGGCAUCAGCACGUUGGAUGCUGAGGCCUCAUUCAUCACCAAUGACCUCCUGGGCAGCGCCCUCACCAAGUCCUUCUCAGGGAGGAAGGGCCGUGUGUCCUUCAAGCCCAGCAUGGACCAACAGCGUUCGUGCCCAACCUGUACAGACUCCCUCCUCAACGGAGAUUUCAUCAUCACCUACGACGUGAACAGAGAGUCUCCAGCCAACGUACAGAUAGUCAAUGGCUACUUUGUGCACUUCUUUGCACCUCAAGGCCUUCCCGUGGUGCCUAAAAAUGUGGUCUUCGUGAUUGACGUCAGUGGCUCCAUGCACGGUCGGAAAAUGGAGCAGGUGCGCUUCUCACUGCGACUGGGGGUGACGUGUGGCAGGGAGACACAUUUAUUUACAAAGGAUGCCCUCCUCAAGAUCCUGGAGGAUGUGAAAGAGGAUGACUACCUGAAUUUCAUCCUGUUCAGUGGGGAUGUGACCACCUGGAAAGACACCCUAGUUCAAGCCACUCCUGAGAACAUCGAGGAGGCCAGGACAUUUGUGAAGAACAUUGAUGAUCAAGGAAUGACCAACAUCAACGAUGGGCUGUUGAGGGGCAUCAGCAUGCUGAACAAGGCCCGGGAAGAACACAGUGUCCCAGAGAGGAGCACCUCCAUCGUCAUCAUGCUGACUGACGGGGACCCCAAUGUCGGUGAAAGCAGACCUGAAAAAAUCCAAGAAAAUGUACGCAACGCCAUUGGGGGCAAGUUCCCCUUGUAUAACCUGGGUUUUGGCAACAAUCUGAACUAUAACUUCCUGGAGAGCAUGGCUCUGGAGAACCAUGGGCUGGCCCGACGCAUUUAUGAGGAUUCCGAUGCCAACUUGCAGUUGCAGGGCUUCUAUGAGGAGGUGGCCAACCCGCUGCUGACAGGCGUGGAGGUAGAGUACCCCGAGAACGCCAUCCAGGACCUCACCCAGAGCGCUUACCAGCACUUCUACGAUGGCUCUGAGAUUGUGGUGGCUGGGCGCCUGCUGGACGAGGACAUGAACAACUUUAAGGCGGAUGUAAAGGGCCACGGGGCCAUCAGUGAUCUGAGCUUCACAGAGGAGGUGGACAUGAAGGAGAUGGAAAAGGCCCUGAAGGAGCAGGAUUACAUUUUUGGGAACUACAUAGAGCGGCUCUGGGCCUACCUCACCAUUGAGCAGCUGCUGGAGAAACGCAAGAAUGCCCAUGGUGAGGAGAAGGAGAACCUCACAGCCCAGGCCCUGGACCUGUCCCUCAAGUACCACUUUGUGACUCCACUGACCUCCAUGGUGGUGACCAAGCCUGAGGACAAUGAGGACCAGACAGCCAUCGCUGACAAGCCUGGAGAAGGGCCUGCAGAUACGGAAGUGGCCCGCUCCAUGGCUUACCUGACCAGCUACCAGCCUCCUCAAACGCCCUACUACUACGUGGAUGGGGACCCCCACUUCAUCAUCCAAGUCCCGCAGAGAGACGACGCCAUCUGCUUCAACGUCGAUGAAGACCCAGGCACAGUGCUGCGCCUCAUUCAGGACCCCGUCACAGGCCUCACAGUUAACGGGCAGAUCAUCGGCGAGAAGGGAGGCAACUCUGACUCCAAGACCAGAAAGACUUACUUUGGCAAGCUGGGCAUUGCCAGUGCUCACAUGGACUUCCGGGUGGAGGUGACACCGGAGAAGAUCACCCUGUGGAGUGGAGCUGCACAGAGCACCUUCAGCUGGCUGGACACGGUCACAGUCACACAGGACGGGUACAGCCCCGCUCCUGGGUCUCAGAGGCUGUCUGUGACAAUCAACAGGAAAAAGAACAUGGUGGUCUCCUUUGGAGACGGGGUUACUUUUGUGGUCGUCCUGCACCAGGUGUGGAAGAAACAUCCUGUCCACCAAGACUUUCUGGGCUUCUAUGUGGUGGAUAGUCACCGGAUGUCAGCACAAACACAUGGGCUGCUGGGACAAUUCUUCCAUCCCUUUGACUUUAAAGUGUCCGACAUCCACCCAGGCUCUGACCCCACAAAGCCAGACGCCACAAUGGUGGUGAAGAACCAUCGGCUGACAGUCACCAGGGGAUCCCAGAAAGACUACAGGAAGGAUGCCAGUGUCGGCACCAAGGUUGCCUGCUGGUUUGUCCACAACAACGGGCAAGGGCUGAUUGAUGGUGUCCACAGCGACUACAUUGUCCCCAACCUGUUCUGAGUAGACAUGCCAGCUCCUGCUGAGACAGCUGGCCCAGCUCACCUGGCCUCUGGAACAGGGACACAGCCCAGGGUCUAAGGGAGGGUUGUGACAAUAAAGCCCGAGGGGACACUGCCA